AUGCUAGACGGCAUGUCACAGGUGAUCAAGAGUUUCUUGGUUGUGCUAAUAAGAACACUGGAGGAAAACAAUGUGUAUACAUUGGAUGGUAAGGCACUAGCGUUUGGUGUACAGGUGAAUGAUGCAAGAGUUCGAGGUGUAUGCGGUAACAAACGUGUUCAGCUUGAGGUGGAGCUACCUAAGGUUGGUCAUGAGUUAAAGAAUGAUCAAGGUGGUAGGGUCAAGCAAAAAGCAUCUCAAGGUCGUCAAGAUCAACUUGCUUUGAACAGACGAGGGAAGCAAGUGGUGACAUUUACACGGUCGAGGAAAACAAGUAUUGAUGUAGCUGCUUGUGACGUGGAGAAAGCAGAAGGUGAACUCGCAAUAAAGGCUUCUGACACAAGUGAAGAAGUUAUGGUACACCAAGCUAAAGUGAUUAAUCCUAUUGGUAGACGUGGAGGAGGCGGAGGGGGUCGUGGUGGUGGCGGAGGGGGUCACGGUGGCGGCGGUAGUAGUGGUCGUGGUGGUGGCGGUAGUGGUAGUGGUCGUGGUGGCGGUGUUGGUGGUUCUAAAGGAAGUGGCGAAGAUCAUGGAGGUUUUGUGGGCACUAUGGGUGGUCAUCACGGGACUACCGGAAACCACAGUGGUCGCCGAAACAAAAGUGAUCGAAAUUCCCCUACUUUUGUUCCGUUGGUUUCUACCCUAAUAUUGGCUUUGGUCUUUUUAAUCUAG